AUGUCGUCUGCGAACGUUACCAUUGUUCUAGGAACCCAAUUCGGAGAUGAGGGAAAGGGGAAGCUCGUCGAUAUCCUCACUGAGUCCGCCGACGUCUGCGCCCGCAGUGCCGGUGGUAACAAUGCGGGGCACACCAUAGUAGCAAAUGGCAUCACAUACGAUUUUCACCUUUUACCCAGUGGCCUUGUCAACCCCAAAACAGUUAACCUCAUUGGAACCGGCGUCGUCGUUCACGUCCCCUCUCUUUUCUCGGAGCUCGAGGCACUUCAUGCAAAGGGCCUUAACACGGACGGUCGCCUUUUCGUAUCGAGUCGCGCACAUAUUGUCUUGGAUCUGCACCAGUUCGUGGAUAAGCUGAGCGAGGUCGCAUUGGGCAAAGCCAAGGUCGGCACCACAGGGAAAGGCAUCGGGCCUUCGUACUCGACAAAAGCGGCCAGGACGGGCUUGCGGAUUGACCAGCUUAAACCGGAGACCUGGGUGAACUUCGAGCGGCACUUCCGACAGCUUGUCGCGAACUACAGACAGCAGUAUGGAUCGUUGCUGGAUUCGUAUGACGAGGAGGGUGAACUUAAGAAGCUGAAGGAACUCGCUCCUCGCAUCAAACCCCUUGUGGUGGAUGCCGUGGCAUGGAUAAACGAACAAACCAAGCAGAAGAAGGAGAUCCUUGUCGAGGGUGCCAAUGCCCUCAUGCUCGACCUGGACUAUGGCACUUAUCCAUACGUCACAAGUUCCAGCGCCUCCAUCGGAGGUGCAUUUACGGGCCUAGCGAUAUCCCCGUUUUCGAUCAAGAAGAUUGUCGGUGUUGCCAAGGCAUACCUUUCGCGUGUGGGCAAUGGGCCUAUGCCUACGGAGCAGCUGAAUGAAAUCGGCGACUACCUCCAAUCCAAGGGACGGGAAGUUGGAGUCACCACCGGUAGAAAGCGACGCUGCGGAUGGCUGGAUCUAGUCAUGCUCAAGCAUUCUACCCUCGUCAAUCACUACACCAGUCUGAACUUCACCAAACUCGACGUCCUCGACGAUCUGAAGGAGAUCAAAGCUGCAGUCGCCUACCGUCUUCCCAACGGCGAAGUUUCCGAGAUCUUCCCCACGAACACGGAAGACCUGGACGUCAUCGAGCCCAUCUACAAGACCUUCCCAGGCUGGCAGAAGGACACCACCGUCUGCACCAAGUACGACGAAUUGCCCGUCGAAGCGAAGGAGUAUAUUAAAUUCAUUGAAGAAUUUUUGGGUGUCAAGAUUGAGUCAGUUGGGUGUGGUCCUUCCAGGGAGAAUAUUAUUUUCCGGUAG